UUAUUAAAUUUUUCACCCAAGGAAAUAGACUAAAACUUUCGCUAAGCCGCUCCCUCCCCUCCCCUGCUAGAUGUUGAGCAUUCGGAAAGUAAGCAAAGAUGGCGGGGAAAUGUACAUUGUUUACAGAAAACCAACACUACUGCGGUGUAAUAUCCAAUGUGAAGCUUACAGUGGCGUCUUUUUCCUUGAUCGCCAGCUUUUUCAUAAUAUUUGUCAUAUGGCUCUUCAAAAAGUACAAGUAUUUUGUGCAGAGACUUAUCUUGGCUCUCAGUGUGGCUGCUUUUCUUGACAGUGUUGGUUAUUUGCUGACAGGUGUUCCUCCUGAUGACAACGGUUUAUGUGACUUCCAGGCAUGGCUACUCUCUUUUACAAGUUUUUCUGUUCUCCUCUGGGUUUGCUGUGUAACAUUCAACUUGUACUGGAAUGCAAUCAAAGGAGUCAAAACAGAUAACUUCGAAAAAUAUUAUCACCUUGUUUCAUGGGGAAUUCCCUUAAUUGUUGCCUGCUUACCUUUAAUCAAUAAUCAUUAUGGACCAGCAGGGGCCUGGUGCUGGAUUUCCAAAGAAAGUGAUAAUAGUGUGGCAUGGAGGUUUGCUACCUAUUAUAUUCCUGUGUAUCUGUGCAUCAUUGGACUUUUUAUUGUUUAUUCUUACAUCUUUAUAACAAUCAGGAGACAGAUAAAACGCUGGGAAGGAAUAUACAAUGCUGAAGCUGAGCGAAGUAAAGCAUUGAUGAAGGAAGAUAUAAAGCCCCUGAUGUGGUACCCCGUGGUUUAUCUUCUAACAACAAUAUGUCCUCUUAUACACAGAAUUCAGGACGCAGCCAGUUCAGAGGACAACUUCACUCUUCUGUUACUCCAAGUUCUGUCCAGUCCCUUAGUUGGGGUGCUAAAUGCCAUUGUCUUUGGUAUGGACAAAGAAACACUGAGCAGGCUCAACUGGUCUCACAUGAAGGUUGCUUUCAUGCAGCACUCAGCUUCUGAGAAGCGUCUUGUCCGAGAGUAUCCUGUGGGAGAGUCAACAGAGGUCAGACCCAAUGAUGACUCAUCUUGGUCCUCGGCAACAUCAACUGAAUCCCCUCCCCGUCCCCCCUCUCCCACACCAGUUGCCGCUCCACCACCCCCCUUGGAACAAUAGAUAGCAAUUUGCUUUAAAACGCGCUGUGGCUGAAGGUGAUUCCUCUGGAACAAAAGUUGCCGAACAAUGUUUUUGAAACUUUCCCAGAAUGUUCCCUGCCAAGUACUGUUUCGAAAAAUACAUUAAAAAGGAUAGGUCACCAUGCUCGUUAAAGAGAUAUGAUGGGUCAAUCUUACCACAUUUAUGCCUAACCACGAGCGAUAUUUCAUAAGUUCACGUUACAUUUUGUGGUGGCUGGAAACAAAGGUUAUUAAAGCAAUACUUGAAAAAAAAUUGGAUAGGUAGGACGUCUCUGGUACAUGGAACAAAGUAAUAUAUAAUUUAUGGAAAAAUCAGUCAAUUCUAAAGGACAUUGGCUCAAAACGUUUCUCGAAUCGUUGUUUUCAAGGUCAUCAUUCGCAUCCUCGAGUAACGGCUUUGUGCACUAUUUUAGUGUUAUUUUUUUUUCCUUCAGAACAAUUUUUUCCUUAAUUUUUAACGUUGAGCGGAUAAUUUGAGCACCAAAAUUAUGCAAUUAAAAAUAUAGUUCACCAUGCUCGUUUAAGAGAAAACGAGCAUUUAUUUUGCUGUCAGGCUUAGCUUGAGGGAGAGAUCUUACGCGCGCUCAUGUGCGCGCGCUAAUUACGCGAAAAUCGUGCGCAGUAGGGCUGCGCAGUGCAAUACUGAGGAAUCACCUUAAUUUAAUGUUCUAGAUUAAUGCUGAACGCAUUGUUGUAAGUUAUCUUUAGAAGUCAGAGAUCUAAGUAUUAUUUUCGGACAUCUUCGUAAAAUACGAAAUAUUUCCGAUUUAUGUCGUGCAGUUACGCACGAAGGAAGGGAUAGGUCUUGGCAGCCCAUGACUUCAGCAAGGAGUCGGAUUGGAUUGUGAAUGACAGGCCAAGUGAGAUCCCUCGGUUGUUUGGUUUCACGUAAAUUAUUAUCAAGGCGGAGAAUUCUUUUGAUGUCUCGACAUCUUCAUGGGCGACCUGCACCAUUUACAAGGUUCCUUAUAAUUGGUCAAACGAAACAAUAGAUAAAGAACACAAAGAAUGCCCCUAAACCGAGGAACAAAAGAGGUGCAGAUUCACAAGAACCAACCAGAAUAGAGGCUUUAAAGAGGUGCAGGUCAACCGGAUCUUCGCUGAAGGAUCAAAGGUGUAAUGAAUAUUUUAAGUAAUGACCACAAUAGCUUCCUUUUCGCUUGAACUAUAUGUAGACAUUUGUCCUUGGACAAUUCCUGAAAUGUAAAAAACAUGCGUCAUCUUGUGACCCGGAUAUUAUUUUAGACCCUUAAAAUAUCCCAAAAUGACACGUGCAACUGUCAAAUGAAAAUGAAUAGAAUUUCAAACAUAGGAAGUAUAACUUAGUAAAUACCAUGUUUAGACUAUAGUAAGCAUGCUAGAAAUAAAACUUAUUUCAUGGCA